GUUAUUUUUAUUUAAAAAAAUAUUAAAUUAAAUUUUUUUUUUAUUUUUUUAAAAUUAUUUUUAACAUAUUAAAAAAUACUAAAAAAAAUAUUAAUUUUAAAAAAAAAAUUAAUGUUUUUAAAACAUUAAAAACAAAACUUUAAACAAGUAGAGUAGCAGGUCUAGAACACGUAUCUUCUUUGUUCUGGAAACACGUCUUCCUAUUCCAUCUUUUCUCGAAUCUCCUUUAACCCCCCCCCCCUUCCAUUUCUUCACAUCAGCAGCCGCCCCCUUUUUUUUUCUUUUUUUUUUCUCUGUGAGAUGCAAUCCCUCACUGUCACCCCUUCAGCUUCAUCCUCAUCAAAUCCCACUACACCCCAGUUGUUAAGUUUAGAGGAAAGGUUUCAACUUGUGAGAAGCGUUGGUGAAGAAUGUAUUCAAGAAGAUGAACCACGUAAUCUUCUCGAGAAAAAACCACUACCCAUUUGCUAUGAUGGUUUUGAACCUUCUGGGAGAAUGCACAUUGCUCAUGAGCUGCAACAGAUGAUACAGAAAGGAAACCACCUUCCAAGGAAAGCCUCUUAAAGAAUUGGCCUUUGAUGUCCUCCAGCAUUGUCUAUUGUGUUUUCUCACUUCAUGACAUGGCUUACUCUGAGUAGAUAUUCUCAUUAUGGGCUGAAAGCCUUAGAAAACUUGGAGGGCUGGGCUACACAACUGGGGAUGAUGGUGAAGUUCUGGAAAUCACAGGUUAUAUCCAUACCACUAUUGGCAAGUUACCCUUUUAUAGCAAUGUUAUCAGGGCUCGGCCUCAGCGUGGUGAUCAGUUUAGCAUCUACAACCAGGAGUUUUCUUUCUGUGUCAAUCGCAACUUGCUUGUUUAUUCUGCAAAACAAUGCUGUGGAUCGAAACCAAAGAGGAGCUGCUAAUGGCGUUGCUAUGACAGCAGUGUCUCUUUUCAAAGCGGUCGGUCCUGCUGGAGGUGGUUCGCUAUUAUCUUGGGCACAAAAGCGCCAAAAUGCUGCAUCCCUUCCAGAUAGAAUAUUCUACAAUUUUCCCAUCGCUAUGAAUCAACCUGACCUUUUGAUGUCCUAGAGCUUGACAGAUGAUGUUAAAAUGCAGGGGACCUUCAAACCUUUCCGAGCACAAAAACAAGAUAAACAAAAAAAUGGGACCAACUAGUUUUCAAAUGUAACAAGGUUGAAUAUGUUUUUUUUUUUGGCAUGGUAUUGAUAUCAGGACAAGAGUUAUUGCAUGUACAAUCAAAGUUUUUUGA